GGGGCGGUGCAGAGUGAAAGGCUUCUUUGCGAUUCUGGGGUUGUGCCUUAUACAGAAAACGAAGUCUUUGAUUAUUGACUCUGUAAUUGUAGUACAUUCAUAAUACGCAUAUAUUUUUUACGGAUCUCAGACGGGUAUGACGGACACUGUUGCGCAUCAUGGAUGCCAGGAGAGUGGCAUGAAAGAAAAUGGCUACUUUAAAAAGGGAUCUAAUCCAUUUGCCCAGACUGGCCGCAGCAAACUUCAGAACCAGCGAGCAUCUCUGAAUCAGCAGAUCAUUAAACAAAUGCGUUUACGAGCAGGAGCAGAAAACCUCCUUCAAGCUUCAACAAAUGGCAAGGUGCGAGAGAUGGUUUUGCUGGAACUGAGCUUUGUGAACUCUAACCUGCAGCUUUUAAUGGAGGAAUUAGAAACCCUGAACAGCUCAGUUGAGAUAUACCAGGAGGUUAAAGAUACCUACAGCAUUCCAUUAAUUCCUCUGGGACUGAAGGAGACAAAGGAAGUUGAUUUUUCAGUUGUUUUCAAGGACUUUAUUUUGGAGCACUACAGUGAAAAUGGUUCAAAUUAUGAGGAGGAAAUUGCUGAUCUUAUGGAUCUGCGUCAGGCUUGCCGAACUCCAGGAAGAAAUGAAGCUGGUAUUGAUUUGCUUGCUAGCUACUUCAGCCAGCUUGGAUUUGUGGAAAACAGAUUCUUUCCACCAAGCAGACAGAUGGGAAUUUUUUUUACAUGGUAUGACUCUUUCACUGGUGUACCCGUUUGCCAGCAGAAUAUUUCUCUGGAGAAAGCCAGUAUCCUUUUCAAUAUUGGUGCUCUGUACACACAAAUUGGCACACGGUGUGACCGACAAACCAAGUCCGGCCUAGAAAAUGCGAUCAGUGCCUUUGAAAGAGCUGCAGGUACACUAAACUAUCUCAAAGAGGCUUUCACACAUACUCCCAGCUAUGAUAUGGGCCCAGCCAUGCUGAAUGUACUGACCAAGAUGAUGUUAGCUCAAGCUCAGGAAUGCAUUUAUGACAAAAUUGUACUUCCUGGCAUAAAAAAUGAAUAUUUUUCCCUUUUAAAAAUGGCACAAGAAGCAGCAAAGGUCAGUGAUGUGUAUAGUGUGGUGUACCAAGCAAUGACUCAGAUGCCAGUUAAAGACAAUAUUCCUCUCCUUUGGUCAAGUAUGGCUCAAGUAAAAUUAUACCACUACAUGGCUCUUGCAAAUUAUUUUGUCGCUGUGGCACUGCUUGAUCAUCAAUUAAGUCCUGAUUGUGAUGAAGAUCUGCAUGAAAAAAUACUCACACAACUUUAUGACUGCAUGCCAGAAGGACAUUUACCCCUCAGCCUCCUGAAAAAUCAUGAUAACCGCAAGAGCUUAGGUAAGUCUCAUCUGCGGAAAGCAAUCAUGGGUCAUGAGGAUGCCCUAAGAAUAUACAACUUAUGUCGGGAUUUGAAGAGGCUGGAAAUCCUUCAGGAGAUACUGUUAGUCAGCCACAAGCGUUCUUUAGACAAAUAUUCCCUGUGUGAAAAGAAGGAGGAUUUCUUUGACUACAUUGAAGCACCUGAAAUUAACUCCAAAACUGAGCAAAAAUCGGAGAUAGUGGUGCCGGCAUCCAUUAAGAUGAAAGUCAGAGAUUUGUUCCAAAAAUUGGGCCCUCUAUCAGUAUUCUCUGCCAAGCAGCGAUGGACAGCCCCUCGAAAAAUACACAUAAGCCCAGAAAAUGAAAACCUUGGCUUCACACUUCAAGGUGGUUCUCCAGUUAAUGUUAAGUCUGUAAACCCAAUGUGUAUGGCUGCUACAGAGGGACUGAAGGAAGGUGAUUUUAUUGUUUCAGUAGAAGAUGUAGACUGCAAGUGGAAGAGUGUCAGUGAAGUUAUGAAACUGUUAAAGGAAAACAGUAACAAGGAAUUUGAUAUGAAAGUCAUCAGCCUUGUGGAAAACACUCUUUCUAUGCCCAACAAAAGUGCCACAUACUGUGGCGGACUGCCAAAAACAUAUUCAAUGAUAUGUCUUGCCAUGGAGGACAAAAGGAAUUUAAAAACAACCAAAGUAACCAAAAAGUUGUCAUUCCUGAGUUGGGGCAUGAAGAACAAACAGAAAGCAGCAAGCACAAUUAGUCUUCCUUCAACUGUUGCAGAUGCACCACAAUCAAGCAAACCGCUGUCUGCCACCUUCGAGAUGACAACAAAUAAUAGUGCUCUCUACUAGUAUUAAAAAAUGAAUUAUUUCUUCUUGAUUUAGAAAGGACUGUGAACUUUAAUAUCAUUUAAUAUAUUCAAAUGUUUCAAGUUGUAUUAAACAGAUUAUGUUCAUUGUGAUAUUGUAGAUUAUAUGUAUAUGCAUAUAU